AUGCUCGGCGCCAUCGUCCCCAUCGGCCUCUACGAGUUCCUUAGACUCCUCGAAUACGAGUCUGCGAACCCAGAUCGAGAUGCUGCCCAAGCGAGGAUCAAGGACGAGUGGAAGGCAAAUACAAAGAAGACGAGAGCGACACUAUGGUUAGAGGAGAGCUGUAGUCGCGAGAGCAAUGAAGGGGCGCUCAACGUGCUUGAGGAGACCCUUGAUAGAGAAGGCAAUGGGAUGACUGGUGGGCUUGAUGCUACAGCCUCUGGAGCCAGUCCGGCUAUGGCGAGCGCGGAGGCAUUCCAAGCAUCGCACGGUGGAGGCAUGGAUCGGCAGUGCCUUAGGACAAUCAGCGUAACCGUGUAG